UAGCUUUUAUUUUUUAGCUUUCUUAAUUUUCAGCUAUUGUGUUGUAUGUUCUAAAAAAAAUCCAAAAAAAAUUAAUAUGAAAGCCUUUAAAAAAAAAAAAAGUUUAUGAAAUCAUUUUUUUUGUCAACUUCUGAUGGAUGAUGUGUUCCAAAAAAAGUCAACUUCUGGUGAUUAUUAAAUCCUUAGCUUUAGCCCAAUAGAUAUUACAAGUGAAAUUAUUUUUCUACCGAGAAGGUCCAACAAAAAAUUAUAAAAUUAAUUGAAGCCCACUGAUAGAAGAGAUGUUUGUGUGUCUCUACGUGUUUAUUUCUAGAAGCAUCAAAUACACACGCGUAAGUCCAUGCAAAGGUCCAGUCUCUGAUGGUCGCCAGAUUUCACCACCGUGGUCUUCCAUGAUUACUCCUCCGUCCUCUGUCUCUCUCCGCCACAACAGAGAAUUAGAAUUUGCUGUAAAGAGCUUACUACUUGAUUCCACUUGCAGUCUUUUUUUCAUACAACAGCUGAACCUGAAUCUAACGGAACUCCAUCGCAAAUCGCCAGAAGUGGUAGCACAGCGAAAUCUUGUGAAGAUUAAGAGCAGAUCCUUUCUUGGAACACCUUCACAAAAAAAAGUUUCAUCUCUACUGAACCUGCACGCAAUCAACCAAGUUAUUCUGAAAAACUUAAUUCAACCAUUCAUCAAGGUUAUUUUGGUGAGCGCACUAAUGAAGCAAAGAUUGACAACAAUCUGAACAGUGAAUAACCAACAAUAGAAAGGAAUCUUCAGAUUGAAGCGGGAUAAAAAAGUAACUUAGAAGAGAAAGAAAACAAUUUUAACACGGUAAACUUUACUUAUGUUCAAAUCAUAUCAGAGAAAGAUGAGAAUCACAAGCCGCUCUGAUUUAGAUGCACUUUCACGUCAAAAUCACAUACGUGAAAGGAAAAUUAUCAAAGCGAACAAAAGAAAUCAAUUUUUUGAUAGAAGCAAGAAAAACAAACAAACAAAACUCCUCUUUGUCCUCUUGAACGAUUCAAAAAAUCAAAAUUGUGGAAAAAAAAAACGAAGAGAGAGCAUUUUACACGAAAAAUGUUUUGAAGUUGAAUGAAAUUUCGUUUACAAUUUGGGUUUAUGGAAUAAAAUUCUUAAAAAAAAAUCUUAGGUUUACUUUUUCUAAAGAAAAUAAUUCAAAUAACGUUGGGUUUUUUUUUUUUUGACAUCAUUCAAAUAACGUCGGUUUGAUGGCCAAGUUAAUAAUGUCUGGUUUGCUGGUCAAGUAAAUAAUAAAGAUGGAAAACGGAAACCUUUCUUCUCAGAAAGAGGCUUCGUUUUGUUUUUAACCCUAAAAGAAUUAUCCAAAGUUUUUGUGUGAAAUGCUGAAAUACUCUGCACUACUUGUUAGAGAAAGAUCAAAAGCUUUCCGAUGGGUUUUCUUCACGUUCUUAAGUGUCCAAUAAGCUUGCGAUCUUACAGCAGCUCCCUAGUCGGCUUCUUCUCCAAAUCUCACAGUCCUCUUCUCUCUGCGAGAUGGGUUAGAGCAGGAGACGCCGCCAGUUCCAUCAGAUGUCUUGCGUCUGCUAUACGUGGAAAAAACAAGAAGCAGAGACUGGAUGAGGCAUGUCUCGAAAGGUAUCAGGAAUACAGUCGCGCACUAAUUCAAUCAUGGAUCUUACAAGGCAAAGUGCUAGUGGAUGGGAAAAGAGCUAGUAAAGCUGGAAUGCCUGUAGCCAAUGGUGUCUCCAUUAAGAUUACCGCUGAGGUUCCCAAAUAUGUAUGUAGAGGUGGGCUGAAGCUGGAAGCUGCAAUAGAGAAGCUUGAUGUUGAUGUUUCUGAGAAAGUAGUUCUUGAUUCUGGACUUUCUACUGGAGGUUUUACAGAUUGUUUGCUUCGUUAUGGCGCAGCUCAUGUUUAUGGUGUUGAUGUUGGUUAUGGUCAGGUUGCUGAUAAAAUUCGCAAUGAUAAACGUGUGACUGUUAUAGAAAGAACAAAUCUGAGAUACCUCCCAGGACUCCCACAAAAAGUCGAUGUAGUGACACUAGAUCUCUCCUUCAUUUCCAUUCUCAAGGUGAUGCCAGCUGUUAUGAAUGUGAUGAAUGAUGAUGCAACUCUAGUAACCCUUGUUAAACCUCAAUUUGAAGCUCGGCGAUCACAGGUUGGGAGGGGUGGUAUUGUGAGAGAUCCUGAAGUACAUCAGGAGGUUUUUGAGAAGAUAAUAAAUGGUAUUGAACGCUAUGGAUUUACCAACAAAGGGUUUAUCGAAUCUCCCAUCAAGGUCGCCGAUGGAAACAUAAAGUUCUUGGUUCGCUUUGAUCGAGGGACAGUGAAAGACGAAGAAGAAGAAUACUAAAACUUAUAUUUUCCUUGCGUCAAAAUGCUUAUUGUUUCUUUCUUUUUCCACCCAUUUCCUUGAUUUAAGUUAGGCUCAGAACCAAACAAAUACCUUUGAGUUAGACAUUUUACUACUGUUUUUUGUUUGUUUGUUUUGGUAUGUCUUAAAUCUUACAGUAUAAUUACCAAACCGAUCCAAGACUAAUCAUUUUAGAGAGUAUUUUGGGUUUACACAUGUACUUUUUCCUUCGAAUGUUGAAACUUAUCAUGCAAUGCAAUGUAUUCACAAACUUUCAUAACAAAUAACAAUUCUCAUUUUAUUGGAAUAACUUGAUGAAUCAGUCUGUAGAAGGUUAGCUUUUACAUAGCAAAGACUGCGCUUAAGAUCUAAACAUGUCAUUCAAUAUAUAUCAAGCCUUUUUCUGCCUAGAGAAGCUUUGUCAUCGUAAUGCUUCAGUGGUCUUUUAGUCUCAUCAGGUCUUGCCAUUGCAAAAUUGACGCAAAAACUAAAUUGGGAGAGAAAUACAAAAAUAAAAGAACAUUCUUGAAAGCAGAGGGGAGUACUGAGGACGCGAAUCUGCAUACCACAUUAGGCUAUGUUCUUGAAUCAAUUAUCUGUUCCAACAUUUGACGCUUCAUGAUGCAAUUAUGGUCCAACGAACUAGGGAUGCGAUCAUGGUCGGACCAGUUAAGCAUGCAACCGUGGAUGAACCAGUCGAUGUCUUGGUCGAACCAGCCGAUAAUGUUAACAUGGAUGACCCACUCAACAAGGUGGGCGAAAAAAGGAUUUGGACCAGAGCAAACUGGACAUAUGAUUUUGGAGUGGACGAAGAUCAUAUUACUCCAAAACUUCAUAGGGAAUAUUUCAAACAAGUUAAAAAUGUAGAUCGGAUCCAAAAUAAAGGUGGUCCAAUUAAUCCAUUAUCGGCCCAGAAAGAGAAUAAGAGAUCAUUGAUGGUGAGAAGAGCAAGGGUUAUCAUCUUGCAUGCUCCUGCAUCUCAAGAAACAACCGUCUAUGCCUCCCCCUAAUCGCCUAUGUCCCACUCUCAUUAAUGAAAUGCGGAUUGACAAAAAUGCACUCAUGUUUAAAAAUUAAAUUAGAAAAAACAGAAAUUGCGGUUUUGUUGGAUUCAGGAUUGGUUAUAGCGGUUUGGUUAAAAAUUGAUUUCAUAUUUAUCAAUUUCAGCUCCUCCUCCACUCCUCUCUCCCGUAGCUUCUCCAUCACCGCCGUCUGUCAGCGUAGACCAAUCGUGGAUCAAUUGUAACCCGACGUCUAGCACACCGUAAGUUGUGUUCUCUGAUUUGAACUUUCUUUUGGAAGUAGGUUCUAAUGGAUUUGCAAUUGAAUCUAAUUAGGAGUAUGCAUAAUAGCAUUGUUUUGUUUGGGGGUCGAUUUGUAAAGGAAAUUGGUAUAUAAUGCAUUUCAGUGGUGGAAUGAGAAUGUAUAGGAAGUAGAAUGGGACCUAGAUCGAGUCCGCACCUCAAACCUAGUUCAAUUUGUUCUUGAUAAUUGUAGUAAAAUUGUAUAACUCGGAACAAAUGGUAGAACUGUGGAUAACUGAAAAACUAGGAACAACUGAUAAAACUGUGGAUAACUGCAAAAACUAGGAACAACUGGUAUAACUUUCUAUAACGUAGUCAGUGUGUUGAGUUUGUUCCUUUUUGACACGAUACAAUGAGAAAUCACGUCAGACCGUUGCAUGGAAAAAAUGUGGCGGUUUGUGAUAUACGUGGUAGUCGAGAAGAGAGCUACAACCUGAUGUAUAUUUGUACAUGCUAGAGCAAGUGAAUCCGAGAACAAAAACAUGUGUAAAACUGGAUGAUGCAUGUAAAUUCAAGUACCUCUUCAUAGCCUUAGGAGCUUGCAUUGAAGGGUUUGCAGUUAUGAAGAAAGUUAUAGUUGUGGAUGCGACAUGGCUGAAGAACGGAUAUGGUGCUGUUCUAGUUUUUGCGGAUGCUCAAGAUCCUAAUGGUCACAAUUAUCCACUUGCGUUUGCAGUACUAGAUGGAGAGAAUCAUGCUAGUUGGACUUGGUUUUUGGAGAUGCUUAAAAGUGUUAUACCAGACUGUUCUGAACUGGCUUUCAUGAGUGACAGAAAUCAAAGCCUGAUCUAUGCUAUAACACGUGUUUCCACAGGCUCACCAUGGUCAUUAUUUAUGGCAUUUGAAGAAAAAUGUGAAAGGGCAUGCUUGUAACCUCAAAAGGAUAUAGUGGGGUAUAGAUUCAUGGAGUUGGGCAGAUAUUACACGGUGGCUGACUUCAACUCUACUUACGAUUCAUUUAAGAUAAAAUAUCAUGCAGCGUACAAGUAUGCGGAGGAACAUACUGAAAAGGACAAAUGGGCAAAAUUUUUUUUUUCCACGUGACAUGUACAACUUGGAUACAAGCUGUGUGAAAUCAAUGAAGAACGUGUUUAAAGAGGCAACGAGGUGGCCUUAAUAUCAAUGUUGGAUUGCAUCAUCAGGAAAUUAUCUGAUUGGUUCAAUCAACAUCGGAAGGAUGCUGUUUCUAGAUCAAUCGAUACCAAACUGGUGCUUCUGGUUGAGAACUACUUGCACGAUCUAUGGGCAUUUUCACAAAAGCUAACUAUGCGGGUGCAUGAUAGUUAUGAGCUUGAGUACGAGAUCACUAACACUGAAGGAAAGAUGUUUUUGGCGACCUUGGUUUGGAAAACUUGUACUUGCAAGGUGUGGGAUUAUGAAAAGUUUUCUUGUCUGCACGAACUGGCUGCUUACAUAUAUUUCACUAAGAACAUUAAUGGCAGUGUUGGCAGGCGCCUUGAUAUCCAUGAGAAGUGCUCAAAUACUACUGGACGGAACUGUGAGCUUUGGCGUAUUCCAGAACACUUUAUGUUGUGCCCAACAGGUCUUCUUGGAAUGUACCGUAUCACAUCUAGGAGGUGAAGAUCAUACCUCCGGACCGCAUCACACGGAGGGGAAGGAAAAGAGUUAAAACUGCGUAAAACUUGGAUGAAUUAGGAGUAAUGCAUAUAGCUCUCUUCUUUGUUUAUUUUGUGUUGUAUGCUUCGGAAAACUGCGUAAAACUUGGUAAUCUACUUUGUUUUGUAAUAACAUUAGUAUUAUCUAUAUCAAAACUCGGUUAUCAUAGUUUUACAUUUGGUUUCUCUACUCUAACUAUAAUUCUAACAAACGUAAUAAAUGUUUUUGAUUUUUAAAAAAAAACUCAUAAUAUAUCCAUUAUGAAACCUUGUUAUCCCAAUUACACUUUCUUAAUAAAAAACAUCUUACAAAUAAUUUAUUUGAGUUAUAUCUAUUAACGAAAUAGUAUUGCACAGAACAAUAUAGCUAAUAUUUUAAAGUAAUAAAAUCGAAAGUAAAACUAGAAAACCAAUCUAAAAGGAUUAGUAACACUAAAUAAAUUAGAAACCACCAAAAGGAGAACUAUAACCAAAUUUCGUAACACUAGUAUCUUCAGUAUAACUAAGAACAAAUCUCUCGAGGGAGAUAAUUUUUUUUUGGCGCUUAAACUAUUUAAAACAUUCGUUCCAAUUAUCCACUUUUUCUUUUAUGUGUUCCAAAAAUCGUCGAAAUCUAUCUCUUCUCAUCUCAACCACACAGCAUCCUCUCACUUCCACUUUUUUUAUCCAUCUCUCUUCCAGUUCUCUCUCUAACAAUUCCGAGUGUCAAACCGGUCCAUUUCCCGAAUCUACCGACCAAUUCUCUCUCUCUCUCUCUCUCUCUCAGGGGUCCCAAAUUAUGGUCGGAUAUUGUGUUUUUGUGGUUUACUGGUGAAUAUAACGCAAGCUUGGACUGACAAAAACCCAGGUCGACGAUUUUAUGGCUGUCCACGUUUUAAGGUAUGAAAUAUGAUAAUUGAACUUUUUAACUAGUGAUUCAGAUGUGAAAUAUAGAUUUAAAAUGGAAUUUGGACCAUGUGGCAGCUUGGAGAUGAAUGCAAGUACUUCUUUUGGUUUGACGAAGGGGAAAGUACAAAAUAGCAAAAAAGAGCUUUGAUUGAAACCCGUGAUGAGAUCCAGGAGAAGAAUAGAGUGAUUGAGCAGUUAAAUAAGACCAUUUCAGAAAUGAAAAGAAAUUUCGAGAAAAAAGAAACA